UCCUCUGAUGGCAUCCCUACUAGCUUGCUUAAUGUCCAACAAUGUCCAAUAAUAUAAGCAAGACAAGAGAUAAUAAGUCUACAUAUAUUUAAUACAAUAAAAAUCUCGCUGAACGUGGUUGCAAGUGGUCAUUAUAACUUACAUUUACAUGAUAUAAAUUUAUUUCUGUACAUAACAGAAAUUUUGUUGAACAAGCUGGUGCAUAGAUGAAGAUGGAGAAAAAAAACAUUGUUACAUGGUUAAACGAAAAAAUUGCCAGCUUACAAAAAUUGCAUCUUCAACAUGAUCAAGAUGUUUUAUCAAGAUGUUUUUUCAUAUAUCCACCUGAAGUUGGUCAGCGUCCUAAUAAAUUCAGUGAGGACUAUUUAAAAAAGCAACGUGAUGCACGUAUAAAGUCAAUCGAUGCAGCAUUUGAUAAAUUUCCAACAUUAGAGAAAAUAUGUAAAGAUUGGAGUAACAAUGUCGUAGACUCUGUCUUUAGAAAAUUCAUUUUUAAAGAAUCACAACUUGAUACUGGAGAGCUCGAAAUAAGAGAGCAUUAUUUUAUAAAUUUUGUGAAUUUAGCUGGUCACAAUUUAACUCACCUAGAUGUUGGAGAAUAUGCUUAUUCUCGAAUAAUGCAAUCUAUUAAAAUUGAUUGUCCAAAUCUUGAGUCACUUGAUUUGGUUCUUAAAGAAAUAAAAAGUGAAGAUUUUGAAAAUUUUUUUUCUAAUAUGUCUCAUCUUAAAUCGCUGACGAUUGUUUGGAAAUGUGAAGAUUCAACUCUUCCAGAGACUUUGGUCAAGUCAUUGGAACAAGCUGGUGAAACCUUGGAACAUUUUGAAGUUCAAUAUAAUUCAGAAAAAAUUCAUUUGUGCUUACCAUAUUCACUGGCUUCGAAAAUAAUAACUUUAUCUGUAGAUGGUACAAAUAUAACAGAUAAUGGUAUUAUUGCGCUUAAUAAUUUGAAACAGUUAGAGCGGUUCAAUGUUAAUUCAUGGGGAUCAAAAGUUGAAAAAUUGGAGUUUAUCACUGGUAAAUCAAUUCAAUAUUUAUUUAAUGAAAACUUGCGAUCUUUGCGUUUAUCAAAUUGCAUUAAAAUCACUAAUAUAUCAGUGAUUAAACUUCUUGAAAAUUUACCAAAUUUAGACACUUUAUAUAUUGAUAAUACAAAGGUAACUUAUUAUGUUGUUGAAGAAAUAUCUAAGUUAUCAAAAUAUCGUGAAAAAGAAUUAGAUAUAUAUGUUUCAUUUAAAGAUUGUGAUCGUAGUUUUUCAAUAAUAAGAAAAUCACACAACAUUGUUUUUCUGACUGUAUGA